AUGGUCAGCUUUGAUGUCGUGUCACUCUUCACCUGCGUUCCCACAUCCGACGCAAGCACUAUAGCGACUGACCGACUCCAGGCCGACACCAGCCUCAAGGACCGCACCGACCUCACCCCCAACCAACUUCAAGACCUCCUCACCACCUGCGUCGAUUCUGCCAGCUUCCAGUUGCGGGACAAAUUCUGUGAACAAUCAGCUGGAACCUCCAUGGGAUCCCCUAUAUCCCCGGGUCUGGCUGGCAUAUUCAUGGAAGAGUUCCAGCAGACCGCCAUUGCCACAGCAGACCACCGCCCCAAGAUCUGGCUCCGGUAUGUGGAUGACACCUUCGUCAUCUGGGAGCACGGGCAAGACAACCUUCAACUCUUCUUGGACCACCUCAACGGGCUUCACAGCAGCAUCCACUUCACCAUGGAACAAGAGAGGAAUGGCAGCAUUUCAUUUCUUGACGUUGAGGUGUCCAGAAGGGAGGAUGGAAGUCUUGCCCGGAGGGUUUAUCGCAAGCCCACCCACACCGACCGAUACCUCAACAGCGCCUCCUUCCACCACCCCAAAAUCAAGUCAUCGGUCGACAGAGCCCUCAUCCGCCGAGCCUACAACAUCUGCGACCAAGGGCACCUACACAAGGAACUCCACCACAUCUCCACGGCACUCCAACGCAACGGAUACCAGCCCAAGCAGAUCGAGACUCAAGACCCAAGAUCAAGUACCCCUCCCGGCCGUAGGGUCCCCUAUAUCCAAAGCCAACUAGAUAAGGCCCCUAGUUCUGUCACUCUCCCCUACCUAGGACGUACCUCCCACUACAUCCAGCGUAUCCUGAGCAAGCACAACAUCAAGGUGUUCCACACAGCUCCCCUCAAGAUCCACGGGAUGUUGACUUCCCAUAAGGACAGGAAGGGGGACUAUGAGAAGUCAGCCAUCAUCAAGCAUUCCCACCUCGAAGACCACACCAUCAACUGGGAAGAAGCCCACCUCAUUGCUAGCAUCGAACAGUGGUACCCAAGACGCAUUAGAGAAGCCUUAGAAAUCUCCAAACACCCCAGCGUACCUCAAGACAUCGGCUUCUCCAUCAGCGAUAUCUGGCAGCCCCUCCUCACCUCCCGGUCUGAUGGGUCCUCUAUACCCUAG